CAGGAUGAAUACUGUGAAGACUGUUAUUCAACUGAUGUGAGCCAUUUAUUCCUGUACAAAAGUCUUUUUAGAGUAGAAAGUGGUGACAACUCAUUGCAGCCAUGGAUUCUUUUUUGAAAGCUGCAGGGGUGCUAUACUUUGUUGCUGUCGCACUUGCAAUGGUCAGCCUAGCUUUGCCUGAAUGGGUGGUGUCAGCAGAGCGCGAAGACCUACGUCUUGGACUACUGCAACAUUGCCAACAGAUCCAUGGUCGUCCCAUGCAGUGCAACUAUCGCUAUCCGCCUGAUGGACCGGUGUCGUGGAUCUUUGCGGCCAUCCUCAUCCUCCUUGGCGUUCUAGCGCUGACGAUCGGCAUGGUGAUGAUCGCGCUUUCGGACAAAAUGCCGCAGCUGAGGCGAUACCCAAAGUACCUUGGCCUGGCGUCUUGGUCGCUAUUCUGUCUUGCCAUCGUCAUGUUUCCAGCGGGUUUCAAUCUCCCUUUGAUCGGUGGGGAGAGCUUUCUCUUGCCAAGUAGCGCCAAGACGGGGAUCUCGUACGGACUCUUCUUUACAGGGAUCUUGUGCACAGUCUGCGGGGCUGUGUUAGCGCUUGGGAGGAUGUACUUUGCAAUGAUCGUCUGGAGAGGACAUACAUGAAAAUGCUACAGACAACAAGUUUUUAAUGGAGACUUACAAUAUAAAGUAGAAUAUAGAAUGUGAUAAUUGAUUCGCCAUCAUUAUUC